AUGAGGAUAAGAGAUCCCAAAACAACUGCACUUAUUUUUGCUUCGGGCAAGAUGUUUGUACUGGAGCGAAGAGUGAACAACAGUCUAAAUUGGCAGCCAGGAAGGAGCGAAGGUGAGAUGAGACAUACACUGCCUUCGAGAACAUAUAUCCUGUGCUUACUGAAUUCAGGAAAAAUCAACAAUGAUUUAGAUCCCGGAAGAUUUGUGAAGAAAGAGCAGAGGAGCAGUGGUCUUGCAGUGAAGUUCGUGGAACUGUAA